CGUCAUUUUUUAAAAUCCUUGUUGCGCCUGUCUGCAACAUGGUAUUGGCAGGGUGAUCUCAAGGUAUAUACAAGAAGAUUUUGAUAUUGAUUGGUAUUGGUAUUGGUAUUGGUAUUGGUAUUGGUAUUGGUUACUCCCUUUGCUAAGAGAUCUAUAGUAUUGGAGUGUUCCGGAUGCAGAUGUAUAUAUAUAAUACGUAUUUGUUGUAAUGUUAAAUCAAGGUAUGAGAAAAAGAAAAACCGAGGUUCUGCAAAGAUCAUGAUUGAAUGACAUUGCAUUGUCUCGUCGUAUGUUCUAUCCUCGAAGUCACUCAUUCACUCAUCUUCGUCGAUAAUUUAUACUAUUGAAGAAUACCUAUCUCAAUUACAGAUACGACGAAAACUUUGACUUCCUAAUCAAUGAAGAUAUAUAUCCAAUAAUUAUCAAUUUAUCGUUUCUUGUCGGAGAACAAUUCGCCAAGAUCUUUCGUCAUGAAAAUGUCUCCUCCAUUGGCUACGGCUUCAUAUCCUGAUUUUGAUGUACCUUUAUCAAAAGAUACUUUGAGGCGGAGUUUAAGUUCCGUACGAGAAGAUAUACCGACGGUGAAUCGGGGUGGAGGAAAUUACAAGCCAUAUGAACAGAAUAUUCGGUCGAAUGGAAUAAAUGGAAAUCCAAGUCAUAAGAAAUGCGACUCGAAAAUAAGUGUUGAGGAUACAUUAAAUAACGAUUUUACAUUCCCUUCGAGAUCUGCGACGACGACGACGACGACGAAUAAUACAAAUCACGAUAGAACGAACCCUCAAUCUCCUCAUAAUCGAUCGAAUCCACAACAUUCGCAUCAUCCGUCCCGUGUUAGUGUCUCCAGUAAAGCAUCUUCGAAAUCUCAUCAAGAAUAUAUUAAUUCCCUCGCCAUGCCACCACCCGAAGUAAUUCGAAAAAUCAAUCACGUCCAAGAAGAAAAAGAAAAAGAAGCUAUCGCGAAACGAUUAGGUGAUGAUCCGAAUUUAAGUGAAAAUGAGAGGUGGAAAGCUGCCGAACUUAUACAGAGGAAUUAUAGAGGACAUAGGGAAAGGAGGAUUCUAGCAGGAAAAAGAUUGGAUGUAGGAACUCGAUGGGUUGAAGCGGUUAAGGAGGCUAGAUAUAGGAAUUUAACGACUCCAAGAGCGAGGGAGAGUGGGGAGAAGGAAAGAGGAAGUCGAAGUUUGGAUGGGGAGGGGCAUUCGUCUAUGAAUACGGAAGGAGUAGGAAGUCCAACUUCAACAACUACAAAUCGAACAUCCCACGCACGAGAAAAUUGGAGGAAAAUUGGUAUGAUAGCUCGAAGAGCAGGUGGAGAUGAAGAAUCAGAUGAGGGAAGUGAUCAUGAAUCUGGAGAUUUGAAUGAGGAAGAACUUAUCGCGAGACGAAAACGUCGAGUUGAAGAGAAAGCGGCGAGACAGAAAGCUGCGAAAAUAAUGGAUUUACAAUAUUUUCUUGAGAUGGUCGAUCUUAAACAUAGAUAUGGAUCGAAUCUUCGUACGUAUCAUGAGGAAUGGAAAAAAGCAGAUACGAAUGAGAAUUUCUUUUAUUGGUUGGAUUAUGGGGAGGGGAGAUUUAUAGAUUGUCAAGGGUGUCCGAGGGAGAGAUUGGAUAGGGAACAAGUUAGAUAUUUGAGUAAAGAGGAGAGGUUGGAUUAUCUUGUGAAGAUUGAUGAAGAGGGAAGAUUAUGUUGGGCGAAGAAUGGUGAAAGGAUUGAUACGACGACUGAGUGGAGAGACAGCAUUAGAGGAAUUGUGAGGAAUGAUGACGAGACGCCUGUGUUCACACCAGUUAGUGAAGAAGGGGAUAAUGGAGGAGAAGAAGAGAGCGAAAGUUCCAGUGAUGAAUCUCCUCUUCAUCAUAAUUCACAUACACGCACACAAUCUCAGUCACAAGUACAAGAACUCGAAGUCCAACGAGAAGAAUCCCGCGCAUCUAAAUACGCAUCUCCUGAAUAUGAUAAUGCGCCUGCCAUGAAAAAAGUCUCUCACAUGUCCGCUUCUACAAUCUUUAACAAACUUCUUCGAGGUUCGGUUAAGAAAAAUACAUGGAUUUUCGUGGCUGAUACUUCGUUUCGUCUUUAUGUGGGAAUUAAACAAAGUGGUGCAUUUCAACAUUCUUCUUUUCUUCAUGGAAGUAGAAUCUCUGCGGCGGGAUUAAUCAAAAUUAAAGAUGGGAGAUUAACUAAAUUAUCUCCAUUGAGUGGACAUUACAGACCCCCUGUAUCGAAUUUCAGAGCUUUUGUCAAGAAUCUCAAAACAGAAGGAUGUGAUAUGAGUCGAGUCAGUAUUUCUCGAUCAUAUGCAGUUCUGGUGGGAUUAGAAGCAUAUGUUAAAACGAGGAAGAGAGCCAAAAAGGUCAUGGGGAAAGUGGUGAGGAGGAGAGAUAAAAUGUUGGAUAAAGAGGGGGUGGUUAGACGAGAUGAGGAAAUGGAGGAUAAGUGUGAGAGUGCGGAGAAAGAGGUUUUGGAAGAGGAACAGAAGAGGAAGGAUGAUCAGAGAUUAGGGUUGUGGGCGGGAGGUUGAAGGCCCUGAGUUUGGGUGCUAGGGAUAAGGAUGAGGCGAGUGCGUCUUCGACUGAUGGUUUUGAAGUCGAGGAAUGUUUCGAUGGUGGGGGUGAGGGGAGAAAGGUUUGUUGGGGUUGAAAGGGAUGGGAAAGGGAGGAGGGAAAGGGAAAGGGAAAGGAGAAGGAGAUGGAGAUGGAAAAUGAAGCAGAGAUAAAAAUACCAGGACCAGGGCCGGAAAAUGCUAUUCCGCCUCAAGGGUCAAGGGUCCAGGGGAAUUGAUAUGAUAUGAUAUGAUUAUACGAUUACAUGAUUUAUGAUUUAUGAAUAUAUAAGUAUAUGAAUAUAUAGAUGGAUCAGCGAAUGGAAUUUAACAAUGGAUGGCCAUGGAUAUUUAAGUCCAUAAUAAUGAUAUCUUUCUUCGAUUGGACGAAUAUGAGAAUGAGAACGAG